AGAAUUGCUUUUGCAUGCUAUUCCGCUUCUUCUUGCAACGACGCAUUCUUAUUGUUUCUCUUCUAAAGCAUACGGACCCACACGCAAAGGAAUACGAAAAGCACUCACAACAUUUUAAAAAUACCCUGUAGCGAAGCGACUCACUUCCUCCCAUAGUAAUUGUGUUUUGCUCCUCACCCUUCUCUACCUUUAGUUUCAAAGUGUACAUCAUUUCCAUAUUUUCGUAUAUCUCUGCACGUGAACAGUUCGUGCUUUCCUUUCCGUUUUUUUUUUCGUUUUUCGAGGUUCUUCUGUUCUUCUUUCUUUGCUUUUUUCCCCCAAUAUAUAUUUUAUUCCUUUUCGAUCGCUGGCGCAUCUUUUCCUUCGCGAAAGUGUGAAAGGCGCGAGUUUUUUCUUGUCUCCUCUUUUGUUUUCACGCUCGCGCAAUUCCGCGAUUCUUCUACUGGCGCGUUCAUCAUCUCUUCGGUUUGCCUAUAAGGAUCGGUGCCACAGACUGUCAUCCAAGUGCUCUGGAAUAAACAACGACUGGGUGUUGCGCAUAUUCCGAGUAUUUGAUUUGAAGAAAAAACAAAAGAAAUAUUGUGCUCGCGACUCCUCUUUUGCACUCUGCUCUCCCGACACUUUUCCUUUCUUGCUCAGCAGUCAGACAGAUUGACACAAAGCUGACACAACGGAAAACUGACGGUUUCAACAGAGAGCGAAGAAUCGAGGAGGAGAUACACAGGCGGUCUUCAAACCCGAAAAGCCUGGUGUGUGUCCCUUUCAUUUAGUUUUCCUUGCGUUGUGUGUGUGUGUGUGUGAGCGCGUUACGCGGGUUGAUCCGUGAUCGGGGUCUAUAACAUCUACCUUAUCGUUGUUCCCCUGCAGAUAGGCGAACUUUGCUAAGAGUACGCGUUCUUUGCUUUUUCUUUGUGCGGUUUCUUUCCCAUUUCCUUCAUUCCAGCCGUUCGUUUUUUACGGGAGGGAGCUGCAGACCUUUUCCAUCACAGCUGCUGACCUGCCCGACAUACGUUGUUAACUUCUUCUACGCACACUCUUCGAGCGUCAGCAUCAAUUUGACGUGUUUUUAAAAACGAAACGAGGCCUUCGAGGAGCUCUUGAUACGCAAGCAGCCAGCACUGCUUCGAAGACAUGCGCGCCUCCGAACCCACGAGCGACGACGCUCACGCUCCACUUGGUAACAGGGGCAAUGAAGAUGAAGUGAGUGCGACCUCGCGGGUGAACCAAGACCGCCCGUCUGUCUUCUCGCGGGAGCCGGACAGGCUGCAGCCGGGUGAGGUGGAGUCGCAGCUGUCCAGCAACGCACACUUUGGACAGCGCGCGAAUUCUGGUGGGGGUUGCUUCCAGGGCGAGAAGGACGCUGUGGCAGCAGUCUUGGGCGAAAAGAAGUCGCGGAGCACGAGCGACCUCUCGCCAACCUCUAGCUACCUCAAGAAGUCCAGCGAGAGCGACAGCGACAGUGACGUGAUGCGGGCGGCCUUCUCUGCCGAGGAGAUCAUCAAGCCCACCGGCAAGAAUGAAUGCGUCUCUUUCUUCGGCAUCUUCCGCUACGCAGAUAGGGCGGAUAAGGCCCUUAUGAUUGUGGGCAUAUUCUGCGCCGUGGUCUGCGGUGGUGGUCUGCCCGCCUUCUCCUUUGUGUUUGGUCGCAUCUUGAACGAUCUCUUGGUGUCGAACGACCCUGUGAAGGCAACUUCCAGUACUGCUCUCAUCAUGGUGUACAUCGGCAUCGGCGUGUUCGUGGUGUGCGGUGGACACGUGUUGUGUUGGACCAUCGCGGCCAGCCGCCAAAUGGCUCGCAUCCGCCUGCGCUUCUUUGAGGCGGCGCUGCGGCAGGACAUUGGCUGGCACGACGAGCACAGCCCCGGCGAGCUGACGGCGCGCAUGACGGGUGACACGCGCGUGAUUCAGAACGGCAUCAACGACAAGCUCUCCCAGGGUGUGAUGAACGCCUCGAUGGGCCUUCUGGGUUUUAUCUUCGGCUUUGUUUUUUGCUGGGAGCUGACGUUGGUGAUGCUCGGCAUGAUGCCCUUCAUUGCCAUUAUGGGUGCUGCGAUCGGGAGCAUCAUGGCGAAGAUGACAGAGCAAACGCGCAAGCACUUUGCCAAGGCCGGUUCGAUGGCGACGGAGGUGAUGGAAAACAUCCGCACGGUGCAGACCUUCGGCAAGGAAGAGUACGAGACACAGCGCUUCGGGGAAUCCGUUUUGGAGGCACAAAAGAAAGGCAUUCGUAAGGAGUUUAUCAGCACCGGCUCGGCCGGUAUUAUCAUGGCGCUGGUCUUCAUCACGUACACCAUCGCCUUCUUCUUUGCCUCGUACCUCGUGCAGUGGGGACGAGUGGAGAUGAAAGGUGUCAUUUCGACCUUCUUAUCCGUGCUGAUAGGCAGCUUUGGUCUGGGUUUUGUCGCACCGAGUACUACCGCCUUCGCAGAGUCGCGUGCAGCCGCGUACGAAAUCUUCAAGGCCAUCGACCGUGUGCCGCCCGUGGACAUUGAUGCCGGCGGUGUUCCUGUAACCGGCUUCCGUGAUAGCAUCGAGUUCCGCAGCGUGAAGUUCGCCUACCCGACGCGUCCCGACAUGAUGCUGUUCCGCGAUCUGAGCCUGACGAUCAAGUGCGGUCAGAAGGUUGCCUUCUCCGGCGCGUCUGGCUGCGGCAAAUCGUCGAUGAUCGGCCUCGUGCAGCGCUUCUACGACCCGCUUGGCGGCGCCGUGCUGUGCGACGGGGUGGACAUGCGCGAGCUGUGCCUGCGCGACUGGCGCGACCAGAUCGGCAUUGUGUCGCAGGAGCCGAACCUGUUUGCCGGCACGAUGAUGGAGAACGUGCGCGUGGGCAAGGUGGACGCGACGGAGGAGGAGGUGAUCGAGGCGUGCAGGCAGGCGAACAUCCACGACACGAUCAUGUCGCUGCCGGACCAGUACAACACGUCUGUGGGUGCCGUCGGGUCGCAGCUGUCCGGCGGGCAGAAGCAGCGUAUCGCGAUUGCGCGCGCGCUGGUGAAGCGGCCGCCGAUCCUGCUGCUGGACGAGGCGACGAGUGCGCUGGACCGGAAGUCUGAGCUGGAGGUGCAGGGUGCGCUGGACCAGCUGAUGCUGAAGGGCGGCAUGACGGUGAUCAUCAUUGCGCACCGCCUGGCGACGAUCCGCGACGUGGACUGCAUCUACUACGUGAAGUACGAUGGCGUGGAGGGCAGCAAGAUCACGGAGAGCGGCACGUUCGACGAGCUGAUGGCGAUGGGCGGUGAGUUCGCUGCGAUGGCGAAGAUCCAGGGCGUGCCUGCGGACGGCGGCCGCGCGGGCGGCAAGAGCGAGACGGCGAAGGCGAAGAAGGACCUCCUGAACGUGAUCCUGGACGAGGCUGCGCUGGCGAAGCUGGAUGCGGAGGCGCCGCGCACGGAGCGACAGAAGGUGCCCAUCGAGAUCUUGGCCAAGUGGGAGGUGAAGCAGGCCAAGGUCGGCUUCCGUCGGCUGAUGCAGAUGAACAAGGACAAGACGUGGGCUAUUAUUCUAGGGUUUAUCGGCUCGGCUCUGACCGGUGCUAGCGGCCCUGUCAAUGCAAUUCUCUUUGGUGAGGUUCUCGGCGUUCUGGGUUACUAUCAGGUAGACAAGGAUGUGAAGGCCCUGCGCAGUGGUACGAACCUCUAUGCGCCGCUGUUCAUGGUGUUCGCCGCCUCCACGUUUCUUGGAUGGUCGCUGCAAGGCUUUUACGGCUACGCCGGCGAGCACCUGACCACCAAGAUCCGUGUGCUGCUCUUCCGCCAGAUUCUGCGCCAGGACAUGAGCUUCUUCGACAUUCCCGGCCGUGAUGCGGGCACGCUGGCUGGAAUGCUGUCCGGUGAUUGCGAGGCGGUGCACCAGCUGUGGGGACCUUCCAUUGGUCUGAAGGUGCAGACUGCAUGCAGCGUCGCAGCAGGUCUCAUUGUCGGCUUCGUCUAUCAGUGGAAGCUGGCCUUCGUUGCGCUGGCCUGCAUGCCUGUUGUUGCGUUGUGCAACUUAUUGCAGCGGCGUUUAAUGAUGGGUUACACGCAGAAGAAGGAGGGUGACAGCGACGACACGAUCGUGACGGAGGCGCUGUCCAACGUGCGCACUGUGACCUCCUUCAACCUGAAAGAUGACCGCGUGAGGGCCUUCAAGGAAAUCCUUGACGAUGAGACACCGCGGGAGGUGAAGAAGGGCAUCGUUGUCGGUGUGCUCUACGGCAUCUCGCAGUUCGUAUUUUACGGGGUGUUUGCGCUUUGCUUCUGGUACGGUGGCAAGCUCAUCAAAAAAGGCGAGGCCAACUUUCAGGAGGUCGUCAUUAGUUCCAUGUCGGUGCUGAUGGGUGCCAUGGGUGCUGGAGAGGCCGGUGGCUUUGCCACUAAACUCGCCGAUGCGGAGAAGGCAACGGCCCGGGUCUUCAGCGUGAUCGACCGUGUGCCGGACGUGGACCCCUACAGCCGCGGCGACGAGGAGCUCGGCGAGGGCUGCGACAUCAACUUCCGCAAGGUGCAGUUCAUCUACCCCGCGCGCCCGAAGCAGGUGGUGCUGGCGUCCGUGGACCUGAACUUUGCGGACAGCACGACGAACGGGCUGAUGGGGCAGACGGGCUGCGGCAAGUCGACCAUCAUCCAGAUGCUGGCGCGCUUCUACGAUCGCCGCUCGGGCCUGAUCACGGUGAACGGGAAGGACAUAUCGACGCUGGACAUCGAGGAGUGGCGCCGCAACAUCAGCAUUGUGCUGCAGGAGCCGAACCUGUUCAGUGGAACGGUGCGCGAGAACAUCCGCUACGCGCGCAGCGACGCGACGGACGACGAGGUGGAGGAGGCGGCGAAGCUUGCGCACAUCCACCACGAGAUCGUCAAGUGGCCGGAGGGCUACGACACGGACGUGGGCUACAAGGGCCGCGCGCUGUCUGGUGGGCAGAAGCAGCGCGUGGCGAUUGCGCGCGGUCUGCUGCGCCGCCCGAAGCUGCUGCUGCUGGACGAGGCGACGAGUGCGCUGGACAACGUGACGGAGGCGAAGGUGCAGAAGGGCAUCGAUGCCUUCCAGACGAAGUACGGCAUCACGACGGUGAGCGUUGCGCACCGUCUGACGACGAUCCGCAACUGCGACCAGAUUAUUUUGCUAGACACCGGCCACAUCAUUGAAGAGGGCAACCACGACGAGCUGAUGCGGCUGAAUGGCGAGUACAAGACCCGGUGGGAGCUAUACAACAGCGCCACUUCGAGUUAG